AUGUUUUCGAGAUGGAAACUGUCCUACAGCAGACUUGGGUCAGAUAACGUCGACAGCGACUUGGGUCAAAAGUCAGUUGCUGAGGAACAUAUGAAAGACGAACAAGACCUAUCUCCAGCGCCUAGAAAAAGGACGAUGGCCGUUUCUAUUGCUAUAAUUUGCGGAAUCGCCAUAUUGGCGUUCAUCGGUCUCUUGACAAAUGCGAAGUUCCGCAAUAAUGUCGACCAAGUUCUUCCCUGCGGAAAUUCAUCUGCCCAGGCGUGGGCGCGUGGAUGCUCAUUCGAUCAAUUGAUGUGGUCGUGGUAUCCUAAACACUGCCCACACUACGCAAACGACGAAUAUCUCAACGUUCAACACUGGAAAUUCUACUCUGAUCCAUAUGCCAAGGAAGUUGUUGAUGGUACCGAUUGGACCAAAGUAUUAGACAACGAAAUAUUGGUAUACGGUGAACGAGGAGAACACUUGACCCAUUGCAUUUACAUGUUCCUCAGUCUUGCACAAAUCCUUCACGAUGGUGAAGCUAUCCAAAAGGAUGUUCACUGGCAUGAUAUCGAAACCUUUGCAGGCCGUGUUGUUUAUGAUCAGAACUGUUAA